CGACCUGAUGACGCUGGGCAUCCUGGCGCUGGUGACGUCCACGGGCUGCGCCUCGGCCAACGCGCUGCAGUCGCUGACGGACGCCAUGCACAUCCCGCACCUGUUUGUGCAGCGCAGCACGGGCAGCUCGCCGCGCACCGCCUGCCACCUCAACCCCAGCCUGGAGGAGGAGGAGUACACGCUGGCCGCCCGGCCGCCCGUGCGCCUCAACGACGUCAUGCUCAAGCUGGUCACCGAGCUGCGCUGGCAGAAGUUCAUCGUCUUCUACGACAGCGAUUACGGCUGUGGAAACCAACCUUGCUUCAAAGGAUAGUCACUGGGUCUAUGUAAAUGAGGAAAUCACUGACAACGAGAUAUUGGAGUUGGUACAUAGCGCUCUGGGGAGGAUGACAGUUAUCCGGCAGAUAUUCCCCCUCUCAAGGGACAACAACCAGAGGUGCAUGAGGAACAACCACCGAAUCUCCUCGCUGCUGUGCGACCCGCAGGAAGGCUAUCUGCAGAUGCUGCAGGUGUCCAACCUGUACCUGUAUGACAGUGUGCUCAUGCUGGCCAACGCUUUCCACCGCAAGCUGGAGGACAGGAAGUGGCACAGCAUGGCCAGCCUGAACUGCAUGCGCAAGUCCACCAAGCCCUGGAACGGGGGCCGAUCCAUGCUGGAGACCAUCAAGAAGGGCCAUAUAACUGGGCUUACUGGUGUUAUGGAGUUCAGAGAAGAUGGCGCCAACCCCUACGUUCAAUUUGAGAUACUGGGCACCAGUUACAGUGAAACGUUCGGCAAAGACGUGCGGAGGUUGGCAACAUGGGACUCUGAAAAGGGACUAAACGGCAGCCUACAAGAACGACGUCUGGGCAGUGACUUACAAGGAUUGACCCUGAAAGUGGUGACUGUCUUGGAAGAACCUUUUGUGAUGGUGGCGGAAAAUAUACUUGGGCAACCAAAGCGAUACAAAGGAUUUUCCAUUGAUGUCCUAGAUGCGCUUGCCAAAAAUCUGGGCUUUAAGUAUGAGAUAUAUCAAGCGCCUGAUGGUAAAUACGGACAGCAGCUCCAAAACAGCUCCUGGAACGGCAUGAUUGGAGAACUCAUUAACAAGAGAGCUGACCUAGCAAUCUCAGCCAUCACAAUCACACCAGAACGUGAGAGUGUUGUGGACUUCAGCAAGCGUUACAUGGACUAUUCAGUGGGGAUCUUGAUCAAAAAGCCCGAAGAAAAAAUCAACAUCUUCUCUCUCUUUGCUCCUUUUGACUUUGCGGUGUGGGCUUGCAUUGCUGCAGCCAUCCCUAUAGUUGGUGUCUUGAUAUUUGUCUUAAACCGGAUACAGGCCAUCAGGGCUCAGAACGCUUCCCAGCCAAACCCUUCAGCUUCCUCCACUCUGCACAGUGCCAUUUGGGUGGUAUAUGGCGCCUUCGUACAGCAAGGGAGUGAAUCCACUGUCAAUUCUGUGGCUAUGCGCAUUGUGAUGGGCAGUUGGUGGCUCUUCACCCUUAUCGUGUGCUCGUCCUACACAGCUAACUUAGCAGCUUUUCUCACGGUGUCGAGGAUGGAUAAUCCUAUAAGAACAUUUCAGGAUCUGUCCAAACAAAUGGAUAUAUCCUACGGUACAGUCAGGGAUUCAGCAGUGUAUGAAUACUUCAAAGCGAAAGGGACAAACCCCUUGGAGCAGGAUAACACAUUUGCUGAACUGUGGAGGACAAUCAGUAAGAAUAAUGGGGCAGAUAAUUGUGUAUCGAACCCUUCGGAAGGCAUCAGGAAGGCAAAGAAAGGAAACUAUGCUUUCCUGUGGGAUGUGACAGUGGUGGAAUAUGCUGCACUGACCGAUGAUGAGUGCUCCGUGACGGUCAUUGGAAACAGCAUCAGCAGCAAAGGAUACGGGAUAGCCCUCCAGCAUGGAAGCCCCUACAGGGAUCUUUUCUCCCAGAGGAUCUUAGAAUUGCAAGAAAGCGGAGAUUUGGAUGUUCUCAAACAGAAAUGGUGGCCACGAAUGGGACGUUGUGACCUGAAUAGCCAUACCAAUGCACAGACAGAUGGGAAGGCCCUCAAGCUUCACAGUUUUGCAGGCGUUUUCUGCAUUUUAGCAAUAGGCCUUCUUCUUGCAUGCUUGGUGGCAGCAUUGGAGUUGUGGUGGAACAGCAACCGUUGUCAUCAAGAAACACCGAAAGAGGAUAAAGAAGUGAACCUGGAGCAGGUGCACAGGCGCAUGAACAGCUUGAUCGACGAAGACAUCGCCCACAAGCAGAUCUCGCCGGCGUCCAUCGAGAUCUCGGCCCUGGAGAUCGGCGGCAUGCCGCCCGCCCAGACCCUGGAGCCGGUGCGCGAGUACCAGAACACGCAACUUUCCGUGAGCACCUUUUUACCAGAACAGACGGCGCACGGCGCCAGCAGGACACUGUCGGCCGCGGCGGGCAGCAACCUCCCGCUGCCCCCCAGCAGCUCGGCCCCCUCCAUCCAGUGCAAACACCGGUCGCCCAACGGGGGCCUCUUCCGGCAGAGCCCUGUGAAAACGCCCAUCCCCAUGUCGUUCCAGGCCGUGCCGGGGGGCGUCAUCCCCGAGGCGCUGGAGCCCUCGCACGGGACCUCCAUAUAGCCACCACAGACAGACCCACAACCAGCAGAGCUUUUUAAUACCACAUUUAAAACAGAAAAA